CGCCAGUUUACUCUCAGGCUCGACAAGCACCAUGUCCCGAAACCACCGAUCUGGUGGUGCCAGUCAAGCAUGGCUGGACAAGAUCUUGACCAGCCACGGCGUAGCAGUGUCGGAACUGCACACCAAGCUCACUUGGCAGGAGUUGACCGACGGCGGACACAAGCGAUUCCAAGUGGAGUCGCCCGACCUGCAAGCGAUGGAGAAGCUCAAAAAGCUCCAUCAGAACACGCUGCUCAGUCAGGACUGGAUUACCGAGUUCCAAAGACUCGCCUCCACACCUGACCUGCCGCUUGCCUUCCGUGCCAUUAAGCACUUGUUUAUCAUGCGCUCAUGUCCAGCUCCGCAAAACGCGCUGACGCAGAUUGCAGAGACACUCGACACAUCCGACAAGCUUUUCAGCAUCGCGUCACGGAUCAUUCUCACGAAUAUCGAAGCCCGCAACGCCGGCCGAUCUUCCGCGACGACGAGCGGCACCCAGCCCAAGCCAAAGGUGGCUUGCAUUACUUCUACCGAGGCUGCAACACGAAACGAGGGUGAAGUGUUGGCAGCUGCCCGGGAUGGUGGCCGGCCGCGCAACAAUCACGGCCACGACAAGACGAAGACUCAGUCCACCUCUACACCGAGCACCGGAUUAGCCGCCGACGAACCUUGGGCACAAUACGGACUCUCGGCGAAUUCUUAUCGCACGAGACUCAAGUACCGUUUUCUGCCUUUGGUGCAUCAGCACCAUCCACGAUGCUGCACAUUGCCCCACCAAGGGGAAACCCCGUCAGGGAAAGUAGGCGCCGCCGAGGGUGACUCGACACCUCCCUCGACGCCAUCGGAAGCGGUUGUGCGCACGACCGCCCUUUCUUCCGAGGCAUAUGCGGAUGUCGGGAGUCUUCCACUUUCGUUCGAAGACUUCGCUGCUCGGCUCGUUCCUUCACUGGAUGCUUCUCAAGGACAMGAUACAUGUGCGGUUUUCUCACCGUCCGAAGGUUCUUUCGCCAGUUCGUCUUCAUCAAGGGAUUCGACAGGCAUGUUCAACGAGGAGGCUUUGAACCACCUCACAUCCGAGGACUUCGCUUGGAUUCUUCUCCCUACAACAGGCAACCUUCCGGGACCGCAAAGCGCAGCCCUAUGCGCCCUCUUACACAAGUAUCUUUCCUUCCAUGCACCACCAACUUCGCCGACGGUAGACGAAGUCGCGGUGGGGGACAUGCUUGGCUACGUUGCCAAGGUGGCCCACGAGUUUGUCUCGCAACGGUACGAAGAAAACARCRCACCGUUGCUCUACGUUYGCAUUCAGAUUGGGCAAGCGGCCUGCAACGCUUUGCUAGAUUGCGGCGCAACUYGCAACUUCAUCAGCCAGUCCUUCAUGACUCGGGCUGGCCUUGGCGCACAAGUACGGAGGAAGUCACAUCCGACGACGGUCGCUCUUGCCGACGGUAAGACGAAACAGCUUUUAGACCGUUACAUCUCGGCUGUCCCGGUGUACUUUGCACCGCACGCAUGUGAACCCGUCACUUUUGACGCGUUGGACACCGACUCCGAUGUCAUUUUGGGGAUGCCUUGGCUUUCUGGCGCGGACCACACGGUCAAUUUCCAUCGACGCACACUCACGAUUCGUGAUGCAACUGGCGCCGAGGUCCCGUGUACUAUUUCUCCUCCUCGCUCUUCCAUUAGGUGCCAAGUCGUGAGUGCCAAAUCUUUUCGAGACACAUGUCGUUCGGAGAAUGUCGAAGAGAUUGGCAUCGCUUUGCUUCGAACCGUCCCGACGACCGAUUCAUCAUCCACAGAGGUGUCUUCCGACCCCCGUGUGACCCGGUUGUUAGACGAGUUCUCGGAUGUUUUUGAGACACCCUCCGGAUGCAUUUAUCGCAUGUCCGAGGAGGAGCUCACGGUUCUCCGUGCGCAACUCGACGAUAUACUCGACAAGGGUUGGAUCCGCCCUAGCAGCUCACCUUACAGUGCGCCCGUUCUCUUCGUUCGCAAGAAGAACAAGGACCUUCGACUUUGCAUUGACUACCGACGCCUCAACGUGCAAACCAUCAAGAACGUGGGGCCUCUACCUCGCAUUGACGAUUUGCUUGAGCGGUUGGGCGGCACCAAGUACUUUUCGAAGUUGGACCUCAAGUCGGACUACCAUCAGAUUUCCAUACGCCUGCAAGAUCGGUACAAAACCGCGUUUAAGACGCAAUAUGGGCAUUUUGAGUGGGUAGAUAUGCCUUUUGGCCUCACCAAUGCCCUGGCCACCUUUCAGGCGGCCAUGACCACCGAGUUUCGCGCUAUGUUGGACCGCUUCGUUUUGGUCUACUUAGACGACAUCCUCGUCUAUAGCCGAACUCUAGAGGAGCAUCUCGAGCACCUUCGCCGUGUUCUAGAGACUCUUCGGUCAACUCGGUACAAAGCUAACCGCGAUAAAUGCGAGUUUGUCCAGCAAGAGCUUGAAUACUUGGGUCAUUUUGUCUCUCCGGAAGGGAUUCGUCCGUUAACGGACAAGAUUCAAGCCAUCCAGGAGUGGCCCGAGCCGAAGAAUGUGCCGGACGUCCGAUCCUUCCUCGGCUUGGCCGGUUAUUAUCAGCGCUUCAUCAAGGGUUACUCGAAGAUCGCGGCCAACCUAAGCAAGUUACAAAUCGAGGAGCGGCCUUUUGACUUCGACGACAACGCGCGCCAUUCUUUUAAGACACUCAAAGCGGCGCUCUUGUCCGCCGAGGUAUUACAUAUUUACGACCCGCUUCUAGCUACGCGCGUCACUACCGAUGCGUCCGGGUAUGGCAUUGGGGCCGUCCUUGAGCAGCACGAUGACAUGGACUGGCACCCGGUCGAGUACUUUAGCAAGAAAGUACCUCCCGUGCAUUCGAUCGACGACGCACGGAAGAAGGAGCUUCUUGCCUUUCGGUUCUAUUGGCCCGACCUUCUCAAGGACGCCACCCGCUAUUGUGAGUCGUGCGAAGUCUGUCGGCGUUGCAAGUCACGCAACCAUCGUCCGUUCGGCGAGCUACACCCAUUACCAGUGCCCCUUGGGCGACGAGAUGCAAUUGCUAUGGAUAUCACCGGCCCCUUCCCGAAGCACAAGACCGGCGUUGAUGGGAUGCUCACGGUUGUCGACCGCCUCACCAAGUACGCCAUGUUUUUGCCUUGCCGCUAUCUCGCAAAGGCACCGGAGUUAGCCGAGGUCUUAUACACUGGUUGGAUUCGUUCCAAGGGCUACCCCAAGGAGAUCGUUUGCGACCGGGACACUCGCUUUCUCUCCGACUUUUGGGUCACCCUCGUCAAGCGAUGGGGCUCAUCUUUGAAGCCGAGUUCGGCUCGCCACCCACGAACCGAUGGUCGAACGGAAAGGGCGCAUCAGACCGCUCAAGUCCUUCUCCGCACUCUCAUCCGUCCCGACCAGGUUGAUUGGGUUGAGCGCUUGCCAGACGUUGAGUUGGCAUACAACUCAUUGAUCCACCCGGCUAUCGGGAUGUCGCCGUUCGAGUUUGAGCAUGGUUCACCCAUCUCAUCGCCGUUGGACGCUACUUUGCCGCGCACAGCCGAGAGCGACGACCAUCUUGCGUUCCUUCGUCGCAUGCAAAAGCUUCUUGUCAAGGCACGGGAUCAGAUGUCGAAGACGCAAAUACGGAUGAGCCGUCAUGCCAACCGCAAUCGCCUUCCUUGCCCGUUCCGCGCCGGCGAUCUAGUUUGGGUCUUCGCAGCGGAGUUCAGCCUACCCUCUUUCCAUGGACGGAUUUCAGGAGGYCGGCUACAUCAUCACCGACCGGCGCCAUGGCAACAAAGAAACAGAGUUUCUACUUCACUUUUCCUACUGCAGCCACAAGGCUGACUGUUGGCUGACGCGUUCGGAACUGCAAGCCACAACCCCUGCUGUUCUCUCACGCUAUCUUAGCAAAGGGAUA